AUGGCCCCUUCAGCCUCCAAAGCAAACUACAAGACCUACGAGGCCCAAGCUCGUCUGGUUCGCGCCAUUGUCGCAGCCCAUCCCUCAACUAAAUGGAAUUACAAAGAGAUUGCUGCCUGUUACGGUUCAGACAUGACUGAGCAUGCGCUCAACCACCGUUUCCGACACAUUCGGGCGCAGACCGAGAUUAUUAUGGAAGGACGCAAACUCAAUCUCGACGUCAAAAAUCUCACCACGGAUGAGUCUUCCCUGCCUAAGACUGUUGGCGCCGUGGACAAGAAAAACAUUGCCAAGUAUUUUGGUCAGUCCACCGGCGAUGGCAUUCAGUUCCAGUUCCGCACCAUCAAGAAGGACGCCGAUAAGAUGCGCGCUACGGCGGAUGGCGGUGGCGACCCCUCUACCUGUCUCGAUUUAGGUACCUCCAGCGGCUCUUCCUUUACGCCCACCUCGACGCCCAAGACGUCUCGAUCACGAAACGUUACCACGCCCUCUACCGCCGGCGGCGGCGGUAGCACGGCGAAACGCAGCCGCGCCGGUCCCCCCGUCGUCAAGAUAGAAUCGGACGACGACGACCUCGACUCGGAAUCGACGCACAACUGGAGCGAGAUGGAGUCCACGCCCUCGAAGCGGCCGCGCAAAUUUGACGCCACUGGGGCCUCCUCAGGCCAGAGGACUGGGACGCCCUCGCGCCUCGCCGCCGCCAGAGCCAGCGCUACCAUCGCUGACUCUUCGGCCCAGCUGCAGACGAGCGAGUCCGAGACCGAGACACCCGCGUUCUCCGUGCCCGAAUUCUCUGCGCAAGCUUCCAACGGUGCCGGAAGCGCUGUUCGUCCCUCGUCAUCCUUUGCCACGGCCACUACCACAGCCGCCGCUCCGGGCCGCUCCCUGGCGCAGCAGCAGCAGCCGCAGCAGCGUGCCACUCCCUCUAUAUUUGGCAACGUCUCUGAAUUUCAGCAACCCGCGCCGUUGUCAGCACCCACGUCGACGGCAGCCGGAGUUGCGAGCAGCAACCCGUUUAGAACCUCGGGCACAGACGUGUACUUGAGCGGCGGCGGCAGCCAUCGCGACUUUGGCACUUCGGCCGCAGACAGCGCAUUCUACGACGACCAUGAUCCAAUUGAUGGCGAGUGUUAG